AUGCUGUUCAACACUCUGCUCAUAGUGCUGAUCUCUCAGCGUGUCUGGACCCAAAGGUCUGGACCUUCCCUCGGCGAGGUGGACGCAGGUUUGUUCAGGGGAUCGGAUCAAUAUGACUUUGCCAUGGAGGUUCCCGCUGCAGGGAUGGAGUGUUUCUGGCACUUUGCCCAGCAGAGUGGAAACUUCUACCUGAUGUACAUGGUGCAGCGGGUAACCGGGAUGGCCACUGAUCACCGGAUUUUUGUGACAGUCAACUCACCACAGGGCGUUCUCAUCACUUUAAAGAACGAGCCCGUCGGUCAAAUGAACUUCCAGGCUGAGGAGACAGGUUUUUACCGGAUGUGUCUUGGGAAUCACAACAACCAGUUCGGAGGAAUCAGGGUCUUUGUUAACUUUGGUGUCAUCUACGAAGGUCUUGAGAUGGAGGAGGGAGAGGAAGUCCUCAACAACACUUUGGCUAAUAUUGAGGAGAGUGUGCAGAAGAUCCAGAAUCAGAUCUUCCACAUGUGGCGCUUUUACAACUUCGCCCGCAUGAGGAAGGGGAAGGAUCACUACCUCCUCCUGUUCAACCUCAGCUACGUCACCUGGUGGUCGGCGACCCAAAGCUUCCUCAUCCUCCUGACUGGAUACCUGCAGCUCCUGGUCCUCAAGAGACUCUUCCACAGAGACUCCAGCAGGCCGCGAUGCUGAGAGCAGAACUUCCACACAUCAACAUCACUGCUUUAACCUGUCCUGAUUUCUGCAGGCUUUCACUGAUCCGUUUGAUCCAUAUAUAUUCUGCACACUGUCUGAAGCAAAUAAAACCUUCA